UUCAUUCGUUCUCUCUAACUACAUUUCACCGAUUUCGUUUACUUUUUUUCCCCUGAUCUAUUGAAGUUUCCGCAGAAAAUGAAACCAAACUUUUCGUUAUUCAUCUGUUUCGUUUGUUUUCUAACAUUACAACAACUCCAUCUUCCAUGUUUCGCCCAAGAUUUCGAUUUCUUCUACUUCGUUCAACAGUGGCCAGGAGCAUACUGCGACUCGAGACAGAGUUGUUGCUACCCGAAGACGGGGAAACCUGCAGCAGAUUUUGGCAUUCACGGGCUUUGGCCAAACUACAAGUCCGGAGGAUGGCCUCAGAACUGUAAUCCCGACAGCGAGUUUGAUGAAUCUCAGAUAUCAGAUCUGCUGAGUAAUAUGCAAACGGAAUGGCCGACGUUGUCGUGUCCGAGCAACGACGGAGUGAAGUUUUGGACGCACGAGUGGACGAAACACGGCACGUGCGCCGAGUCGGAACUCGACCAGCACGAUUACUUUCAUGCCGCUCUCAAACUCAAGCAGAAAGCUAAUCUCCUUCAUGCCCUCUCCAACGCAGGGAUCAAACCGAACGACGAGUUUUAUGGGUUGAGAGAGAUAAAGAAGGCGAUCGAGGAAGCGAUAGGGUUCACUCCCGGGAUCGAAUGUAACAAAGAUUCGUCCCACAACAGCCAACUCUAUCAGAUUUAUCUGUGUGUUGAUACUUCCGGCGCCGAAUUCAUCGAAUGCCCUGUUUUGCCCCAUGGCCGAUGUGAUUCCCGAAUUCAAUUUCCCAAAUUUUAAAUUUUUUUCAUGAAUCGUUUUUCCUUCUUUCGUUUCGUAAAGCAAUAAACUUGAUCUUCUAUUAAUCUAUUCCGCUUCCUUUGUAAUUUUGCUUUUUAAUAUUAUGACUAUAUAAUAUAUACCAACCCAUUCUGA